AUGAACGACCUAUCCAUCUACCGCUCAUCCAACCUACUCUACAAUCAGGAGAAGAUGUCGCGAUACGGGCCCGGCGGAUUCCAUCCUGUACGCCUUGGUGACACCUUCAAGGAGAAUCGCUACAAAGUAUGUCACAAACUCGGUUGGGGAGGAUUCUCAACCGUCUGGCUUGCGUGGGAUGGAAUGAGACCCAGAUUAGAGAUGUGGGUGUCAAUUAAAGUCAAGAGUGCCGAUAGCACUGAGAAUGAUCGUGAGCUCGGGGUCUUACGGGCAUUGCAAGAGAAGAUGGCAAUACAUCAUAUCAUCAGACAACUCGAUGACUUCGUGCAUUAUGGCCUCAACGGAUGCCACCAAUGUCUUGUUUUCGAAUUGCUUGGUCCGUCUGUUGACACUAUCACCAAUGACUAUCACGAGGGCGGGGACCAACUUGAUCCGGAAACUAUCCUCAAAAUUACCACCCAGAUGCUGGAAGUCAUUUCGUUCAUGCACAAGGCCGCAUAUGCACAUGGAGGCUUGGCAAACUAUCCUGCUUGCAAUAACUGA